AUGGGGGACUCCAAAAAUGUGGUCAGACAGGUCGAUGUCCUUGUCAUAGGCGGGGGUCCUGUUGGCUUAGUUACGGCUCUCCAGCUCCAUCUUUUCGCUCGCUCCUCUCCAAAACCCUUCACGAGUCUGGUUUUGGAGAAAUAUCCUAAGUCUACCCAAGACUCUUAUGGGAGAGCUAUUACACUUUACCCACGAACUACAGAAAUGCUGGACCAGCUGUCUCUUGCUGACGAACUUGCUCAACAGUGUUUUGCAUGUAGGGAGACGGUCAGUUAUGAUAGAAAUGGCGUAGAAGUUGCUGGUAGAGGCUGGAGUUUCAUGGAGCAGAUGGGCAAGGAAAGUUGGACGCAGUGGGAUUUUGCUUUAGUGUUGAGGCAAAUGUAUCAGGAGGAAAUAUUUCGUCGGGUACUAGGAGAACUUGGGGGGCGCCUAGAGACGGAACGUGAGGUCGUAGGUGUCGUUGUUGACGAAGGGAUUGAGAUUGGGGGUCACAGGGUGAAAGUGUCUGUCAAAAAUGUUGCUACUGGUGUUGAAGAAACGGUUGCCUGUCGAUAUUUGAUAGGUGCUGACGGAGGGCGGUCUUUUGUACGAAGAGCUCUUGAUAUUCCGUUUGAUGGAGAGACGAGUGAAGAUAGAUGGGUGAGGGUAGACGGAGUGAUUGAAACGGAUAUGCCGAAGAGUCGAAGUUAUGGGGCCAUUGAGAGUCCAACUCACGGCAAUGUUCUCUGGGCUGCGCUUGACAGGGGAGCUACACGGAUAGGAUUUGCAUUCACGAAAGAACGGCAAGCUAAAUAUGAAGUUUUUGAUGAGAAAGCAGCUGUGGCAGAAGCUAUUGAAUCCGUCAAGCCUUUCAAGCUGAAGUUUAAGCAGGUGGAUUGGUUCACAGUUUAUUCGGUUGGACAACGUGUAGCUCGCCAAUUCUUUGUCAAGGAUUGUGUAUUUCUUGCUGGGGACGCUUGUCAUACACAUAGCUCGGGUGCAGCACAAGGCAUGAAUACCGGAAUACACGACGCAGUCAACCUGGCAUGGAAGUUGAGUCUUGUACUCUACGGCCACGCUGCGCCUUCACUUCUCCAGACAUACCAGAUCGAGCGAUUACCCAAUGUUCAAAAGCUCAUUAAUUAUGACAAGGACAUUUCGCGGUUGAUGACUAUGCAGCUCCCUUCAAACUGGAAAGGAGACCCAAACACAGACCCAAAUGAAGUUCUGGGCGUUGUUAUGGCCGAAGCUUCAGCAUUUACAUCAGGACUAAGUAUAGCAUUCGACAGCAAUCCGCUGAACACUGCAGGAUCUUUCCAAACGUCACUCAAAGCCAUACUUCCAGGACAACGAGGACCAGACGCGCAAUUACAGAAACCUGGAACUUUCGAGCUUACGAGACUACAUAAAGAAACACCUAAUGUUGCCAAGUUCUACGUCGUUGUCUUUACUGGCGACCCGGAGUUUACUCGAUCUAGCCUUACUGAACUUGAUGCAGCCCUCAAAUCAUCAAAGUACUUCGCAAGGGGCAUUUUACCAAUAUCUUGGAUGACUAUAUCAGCUAAAUCUGGUCCUUCUGUAUACGAAAUGUUGGGGAUAAUGCCUCUCGGUAAGGUUUUCUUUGACAAGGAUGAGACUGCUCAUCAGAGAUAUGGGGUGGAAGUGAAGCAAGGUGGUUUAUUUGUGCUGAGACCAGAUGGUUGGGUUGGAUCAGCUCUCGCGUUACGGAUGGACGCCAUUGGAGAACUGGAAGGCUAUUUUGGUAGCUUUUUAAGAGGGAGCCUUGAAUCGCUUGUAGCGAAAAGAACUAUCGAUGCAAGAGGUGGUAUGGUUAUGCCUGGUGGAGUAGAUGCACAUGUACACUUAGCGGAGCCUGCACUAUUCGGAAAGGGUCAGAGUGCAGAUAACUACGAGACAGGUACUAGGUCUGCAAUUUGUGGCGGAACAACGACACUUAUUACAUUUGCACCACAACGCAAAUCAGAGCCUUCUUUACUAGCAGCUCUGGAAGAGACACACAAGCGUGCUCAGGAUAACUGCUACACAGACUAUUCAUUCCAUCUAAUUUGCUCCAAUGCUGGACGUCAAGCAAUAUCUGAGUUUCCUACCCUUCGAUCCAAAGGCAUCUCAUCAUUAAAGAUCUACAUGACAUACGAAGCACUUCAACUAAAAGAUUCUGAAAUCUUAGACGUCUUAUUUGAAGCUCGGAAAAAUAAGAUUGUAACGAUGAUUCAUGCGGAGAAUGGUGCUAUCAUUGACUGGACUAUCAAGAAACUUGAAGAGAAGAAACUCUUUGAUCCCAAAUAUCACGUCACAAGUCAUCCACCAGUCGCAGAAAUCGAAGCCACUUACAGGGCAAUUUCGCUAAGCGAGUUCAUCGAUGUCCCGAUUCUGAUUGUCCAUGUCUCUUCUCCAUCAGCGGCAGCACAUAUCUCAGCUGCACAGAGCAGAGGACUACCAAUCUAUGCCGAGACAUGUCCGCAAUAUCUGUUUUUGACUCGUAAGGACCUCGACAAACCAGGUUUCGAGGGCGCCAAAUGUGUAUGUAGUCCACCUCCCAGAGAAGGGUCUCAGGACCACGAAGGAAUAUGGAAAGGUAUUGAAGACGGUACUUUCACCGUCCUGAGUUCAGAUCAUUGUCCUUUCAUAUAUGAAGACACAGAAAUUGGCAAGAAGUCAGUGAUCAGUCCGGAGUAUCCAAAUGGCCACUUCAAAUAUAUACCCAAUGGGUGUCCAGGCGUGGAAACUCGUCUUUCUCUCGCUCUUUCCGCGAAUCGCUUAAAACUUCAGAAAUUCGUUGAGGUCACGUCUACCAACGCUGCCAAGUUGUACGGACUGUACCCGAGAAAGGGAGCCUUGAUCCCCGACGAAAGUGAUGCCGACUUGACGAUUUGGUAUCCGGAUGGAGAAUUGGGCGACUUUGACUUGAAAAACGAGAGUCUUCAUCACAAUGUCGACUACACGCCCUACGAAGGUAGAACAUUAAAGCAAUGGCCUAGAUACACAAUUCUAAGGGGUGAGGUUGUUUGGGACAGGGACGGGGAGGGUCUGGUUGGAGCAAAAGGAUACGGACAGUUCUUGGAGAGAGGUGUUAGCGUUCUGAAGGGAAGCGUGAAGGAGGAAUGGAACGUUGAAGACUUUUGA